CCCGACCUCGCGGCACCCGGACCUAGUGCACCACCCCCCUCGGAUGGGACACCAUGGGAAGGCUGCCGAGGGUCGGAGGAGGUGCAUUCCGAUGACUCGGACAGCUUGACGAGCCAUUUAAACAUCCUUUUACAAGAGUGGGCCCCUGGGGCCCACCAUAACUGAUCUCAUUUUCAGUACCAUACAAGUGCUGCAGGCCAACCUCCAGCACAAACACCUGGCUGUAGCGGCUCUACGGCGACAGCUGGAGGUCAACGCUGACACCAUAGCCCUGAUCCAAGAGCCGUGGAUCCGGAGAAACACUGUAUGCGGACUCAGCAACUGCAGCGAGACCUAACAACAGUAAGAAUACAAAAUGGAACGCCUCAACCAUCGCAGGCGUCAGCCAGGCCGCUUGUCCUGGCAUCGCUAUACCUACCAAUAGAAGAACAACUACCACCACAGCAGGUCGUGGACCUCAUCAAAUACUGUGUAGAGAGCAACAUUGACCUCAUAAUAGCUGUGGAUACAAACGCGCAUCACUCCCUAUGGGGCAGUGAAGACAACAACAAGAGAGGUAUAACCGACAGCCCUCUUUGCAGAGCAUGCAUGGAGGAAGAGGAAACCCCGAUACAUGUUAUGCUUAGAUGCAGAGGUGUAUCUGAACAACGCGCAGCACACAUUGGAUCCCCAGCAACACUCCAUGAGGCGUUCGGCGACCUGGGCGGCCUGCUAAGCUUCUGGAGCGAGCUCGGUUGGCUGGAGUGACUCCGGCGGGGACCAGCACCGAAGGGACCUACGUACAACGGCCAAACCUUAGUGGCCAAGUGCGGAUAAGGCCCAGGAAGAAAAGAAGAAGAAGAAGAAGAUGGGUUGCUAAUGGUAUUUGC